CAAGCUCCUCCCCCGUCUCCACCACCUCCGCGGUUCCACGUGGGCCCAGCUGAAGGGGCAGUGGAGUUAAGCUCGCGGUGAGGCAGCUCCUCACCAGGUGUAUAGUGAGGCCAUGCCGUGGCGCGCCCUCCUGCUGUGGCCGGCCGUGCUGCUGCUGUCCCUGCUGCUGCGGCUCCUGCGGGGGCCCCUCCCCCCGGGGCUGGAGUCCCCCCGCCGGCUCCGUCUCCUGGAGGCGGCAAACCUGCUGCUCGCCAGCCUGGCAUGGCUGGGCUCCAGGCUGGGCUUGGGGAGCCAGGUGCUGCUCAUGCGGCGUCUGCGGGAAUCCGUGCUCCGCCCGUCGCACGCACGCCCAGACGACCCCGCGGUGGCCGUGCGCAACACGCGCAUCGACGGGGUCCCCGUGCGCAUCUACACCCCCCGGCGAGUGGCGGGGGGGGAGACGGCGGCAGGGACGCACCGACCGCGACCCACCAUCAUCUUCUUCCACGGCGGCGGAUGGAUGUUCGGCAGCGUGGACAGCUACGACCACGUGACAAAGUUUCUGGUGAAGCGCACAGGAGCUGAGCUGAUAUCCGUGGAGUACCGGCUGGCCCCGGAGCACCCGUUCCCGGUGCCGCUGGGCGACUGCGUGCGCGUGGCGCGCUCUGUACUGGGUGGCGGAACCGUGGGGGCGGCAGCGGCGGCUGGGCCGGUGGCGCUGUGCGGAGACAGCGCGGGGGGAAACCUCGCCACCGCCGUGGCGCUCACACUCGCCAGGGACGCCCGCACGGGACGGCGGGGCUUAGUGAAGCCCCUCCCCUCGGCCCAGCCGGUGGCGCUGGCGCUGCUCUACCCGUCGCUGCAGAUGAUCGACCUGAACCUGGUGUCGCACGCCCAGAGCGACUCGGUGCCGGUGCUGUCGCGCGCACGCACCGCUGCCUUCUGCCUCGCCUACAUAGGGGCACCGCAGGAGCUCGUGCCGGCCGUGCUGAAGGGGCUCCACAGCUCCCCGCGUCACCGCGCCGGCCUCCGGGCCCUCGUGCAGGAGGAGGAGGAGGAGGCGGCGGUGGCGGCGCAAGAGGGUGGAGAGGAGGGAGCGGCCCACGGGUUCACAGCCUCCACGCGCGAGGAUCCCAGCGUGGGAAGGAUGAGGAGGAGGAUGAGGAAGAUGAGAAGGUCUCAGCCGGGAGGCGUCACGCCGUGUCGGGUGCCCGGCGCCACCCACGGCGCCGUGGGUGACGCUGGCGGGAAGGCGUCGGAAUAUUACGCUGAUGGAGGAGGUGUCGGUGGAGGAGGUGUCGGUGGAGGAGGUGUCGGUGGAGGAGGUACCGAGCGUGGCUUUGCCGGCUUCGCUAGUGGCAUCGGCGAAGGCGGCUACGGUGUGUACGACACCCGUGAUGAUGAUCGUGGUGUCGGUGGCGGCGGCGGCGGCAACACCACCAGUCUCGCCGCGGCCGACAGCGGCGCGGAGCGGCGGCCUCCCCCGGGCCUCUCCUCGGUGGCGCGCGCCUGCUUGGACCCCCUGCUGUGCCCGCUGGCGGUGGGCGACGGGUGGUUGCGCCGCCUCCCGCGCCGCCUCUUGGUGCUGAGCUGCGAGCACGACGUGCUGCGCGACGAGGCCCGGGCCCUGGCGGCACGCGCCCGCCGCUGCGGCCUGCACGUGACGCGGCACCACGCGGCCCACGGCUUCCACGGCGUCCUCAACUUCUACGGGAGGGACGAGCGGGGCGUGGCCGCGGGGUGGCCCGGCGGCGAUGGCGGCGAUGGCGGCGGAGUUGAUGGAGGUCCCGUUCGUGACGGCGGCGAUGGCGGCGGAGUUGAUGGAGGUCCCGUUCGUGGCGGCGGCGAUGGCGGAGCCGAUGGCCGUGUUCGGGGUGGCGGAGUCGGUGCGGUUGAUGUUCACGGCGACGACGACGAUGGCAGCGGUGGCGGCGGACGCACUCGCACCCGUCACGUCGCUGCCACCAAUGACAACAACCCUGCUGCUGCUGCUGCUGAUGAUGAUGAUGCCGACGACGACGACGAUGACGAUGAAUCCUCCGACCGUGCUGCUGAUGACGACGAUGACAGUGACGACGACGACGACGACGACGACGGAGGAGGUGGCGGCGGCGACGGUGCCGAGCGGCCUCCGAGCAGCGGGCCGUGCUGGCUGUGCGCGUGGUUUUGGCCAAGUCCCGUGUGCUGGCUCUGCUCGCGGCCCAUCAUCGCCUUCCGCUGCGGCGAGGAGGCCCUGGAGGCCACGGCCGCGUUCUUGCGACGCAGCCUGGCGGCCGCGGUCAGGCACAAAAAGACAAAGUGAACGGUGGCGGCAGCGGGGAGGAGUGGGGGGGUUGGGGGGGCCACGAUCGACCUCGACCCUUGCAUCGAUCCCGGACGACGCCGGUGCUGACGGCGGUGGAACAGUUGCGACGCACGGGCCGUCUGGCAGGGUCAUCAUGAUGAUGAUGAUGAUUCAAGCACCGCUACCAACGAUCACAACACCCUCGUUGAUCUCCGACUCAAGUUGGUUUGAUGGACACAAAGUGAACGGAAUGUGUUCUGCUCCUGCGCACGGCGGCGUUCGGCAGCAUCGGCAGCAUCGGCGUUGGUGUGGUUCAGGAGCUCCACGGCCAAUCUCGAGGCCUGCUGCUGCUGCUGCUGCUGGUCAACGACGAGAGAGCUUCAAGCAGAGAGAGAGUUUGCGUCGUUUCGCCGUUUCCACUCCUCCUCCUCCUCCUCCUCCGUCUUUGAAGGAGUGCAGACCCACGGUGCUGGGUGCUGUUGCUGCACGGGCUGUGGCUUUCAUUUUUUGCCUUCUUGAAGGAGGCGUGGAGCAGCAUCGGCCUGCUGCGCCGGGCGAACGAAUCAAAUUUCCAGCGAUUGCAACACUGGUGCCUUGCCUUGACUGUGACGUCAUUGCAUUUAUUUUGACGUCGUUGCCUUGAUGUUGACGUCGACACUUUGCGACGUCGUCGUCUUAAUUGUGACGUUGCAUUGUCACGUCGUCGCGUUGGUUGUGACGUCAUCACCUUGAUUGUGAUGUCGCCUUGAUCUUGACGUCGCGUUCAUUUUGCCGUCGUCGCGUUGAUUGUGACGUCAUCGCCUUGAUUGUGAUGUCGCCUUGAUCUUGACGUCGCGUUCAUUUUGCCGUCGUCGCGUUGAUUGUGACGUCAUCGCCUUGAUUGUGACAUCACUUUGAUUGUGACGUCAUUGGAUUCAUCGUGACAUCGCGCUGAUCUUGACGUCGCCUCGUCGAUCUUGACGUCGUCUCGUUGAUUGUGACGUCAUUGGCUUCAUCGUGACAUCGCGCUGAUCUUGACGUCGCCUCGUCGAUCUUGACGUCGUCUCGUUGAUUGUGACGUCAUUGGCUUCAUCGUGACAUCGCGCUGAUCUUGACGUCGCCUCGUUGAUCUUGACGUCGUCUUCGUCGAUUGUGACGUCGUCUCGUACGUUGAACUUCUUUGGCACCGUACGUUGGCCAAUCACGCUCAUGAGAUUGUGACGUGGGCGUGGCCCGGCGGCGGUGACCCCGUCGAUGUGGGGUUCGCGAUUCCACGAUGCCACGAUGCAAGCACCACGAUGACCGCAUCGUCAAUCGGCCGCGUAGAAUAUUCGCGACCGUUAUAAAUGAAUUUGUAUUCCCGGACGGCAUACGCGGUACGCAGAAACUUAAUCGAAUGAUCGAGACUUACGAAUCGACGUCCCCCGCCCCCCCCCCCCCCCCCCCCCCGAUUCACCUUCACAUUAUGUGACCUCGUACUGUAUAGUAAAGUCACGUAGAUAGUUACAUUUCGAUUUAAAGCUUUCGUGACUGCAGGGAUUCAUCUUCUGGGUUCUUUCGGUAAGGUCACGUAGAAUGGAGAUAAAAUAAUAAU